CAGUUACACCCCAAGACACUCAAGCCCCGCCCACAUCACACGUGCUACUACUGCUGGUGGUGUCACUUUCCGGCUGCCGCACACAUCAUGUCUAGGAACAAAAAUAAGCGAGGUGGCAAACGAGCAGCGAAGGCCCAGGGGAAAGGGUUUCUACAACCUGGGAAGAAUGCCAUCAAAAAAGACCCAGGAGUGCCCAACCUUUCACACUUCAAAGAGCAGGCGAGGAGGGAAGCCGAAAAAAAGAAAAAAAGGGUGGAAGAGAUGAAAGCGAAACAGAAGGCAGCACGGGAGAAGGAAAUGUUGAAGAGAAGAAGCCUGGACACAUUUCAAAAAGACGCUCUGAAGCGACAGAGAGAGUUUGAGCAGAAGGAGGCUGAUCUCAGGAGCUUGGAGAAAAAUGAAAACCUUGAAAAUGAGAAUUCAAGAAAGGCGUAUUAUAGAGAAUUUAAAAAAGUGGUGGAUGCGGCUGACGUUAUUUUGGAGGUUUUGGAUGCCAGGGACCCGCUGGGUUGCCGAUGCCCGCAGGUAGAGCAGGCGGUGGUACAGAGUGGCACUGACAAGAAGCUGGUGCUUGUGUUAAAUAAAAUAGAUCUGGUCUCCAAGCCCAUUAUAGAGAAUUGGCUGAAGUAUCUGCGAAAUGAGUUUCCCACAGUGGCAUUCAAAGCUUCAACUCAGCAACAGAACAAGAACCUGCAACAAAGCCGCGUGCCGGUGACACAGGCUUCCGAGGAUCUGCUGAGCUCAGGUGCUUGUAUAGGAGCCGAUUCGCUAAUGAAGCUUCUGGGAAAUUACUGUCGCAACCAGGAUAUCAAAACCUCCAUUACAGUGGGCGUUGUGGGAUUCCCAAAUGUCGGCAAGAGCAGUUUGAUCAACAGUUUAAAGAGAGCGCGAGCUUGUAGUGUUGGAGCCACCCCCGGAGUGACCAAGUGUCUACAGGAAGUUCACCUUGACAAACACAUUAAGCUUCUAGAUUGCCCUGGCAUCGUCAUGGCAACCUCAACAUCUGACGCAGCAAUGAUUCUGCGGAACUGUGUGAAGAUCGAGCAGCUGAUGGACCCUGUGGGACCAGUAGAAGCCAUACUGAGGCGAUGCAACAAAGAGCAGAUCAUGCAGCACUACAAGGUGACAGACUUCAGAGACACGCUGGAGUUUCUGGCCAUGCUUGCUAAACGACAAGGAAAGCUGAAGAAAGGUGGGACACCAGACCAUGAGAAGGCAGCUAAAUCUGUAUUAACAGACUGGGUGAGCGGUAAAAUCAGUUACUUUACACAUCCACCAGAGACCCAUACGCUGCCCACGCACAUCAGCGCAGAGAUUGUCACAGAAAUGGGGAAGGCGUUUGACUUUGAAGCUCUGGAGAUGGACAAUAAAGAGUCUUUGUCAAAGGUACAGUCCGCACCCCAGGGUAUUGCAUUGGAAGUAUCAGGGCUGACGACCGGUGCUGCUCAGGAGGUGGAGGAUGUUGAAGUGGAAGAAGCUAGUGAAGAGGAGGAAGCGCCAAUUGAUGCUAUGGAAGAUGACGUUGAUGCAGAGUUUGGACCAAUGACUGUGGAAAUUAAAACAAAAAAUAAAACGCAAACCGAAAAGGAGCAAGUUGUGCCCAGAGCUCCCAGUCUGCAGGAGAUCAGUGCUGUGGACCCUCUACAGCAAGGACAGGCCCUGCGUGCGGCCGGCAAGAGGAGGAAGAAGCUGCAGAAGAGAGCGAAUAAAAUUGCAACAAAACUAUCCGAUUCGUUGACAUCGGCCAUGAAUUUUAGCCUGUCUGAUGACUGAGCUGAACAAGAGAGACAGCGUUUCCUGUAAUUAUGUACAGAACUUGACGGACAGUUACAUUAGUGAUCCACAAGGACAAUGACUAGAACACAAUAUUGCCAAACUAAAAUCUCAUGGACAUAGUGGCUCACUGUCUGGAACUGGAUAUCAUUAAAAAUAAAUGCAUAAGUUAUAUGGUU